AUGCAAAGUAUCCCAAUCUUUGCUCUAGCUUUAGCAGCCAAACAGAAAAAGCCAUGGACAUGCCCACGAAAGCUCUCCUCUUCUUCGCCCUUCUCAUCUCAUGCACACAGGCAGCUGACCCGUGUGCCACCCAAUCCGACCUCUCCAUCAUCCAUGUUUACGGCAAAUGUUCCCCGUUUGACCCCCCCAAGCCGGAGCCCAAUUGGGUCAACACGGUCCUCAAUAUGGCCGCAAAGGACCCAGCCCGACUCAGGUACCUGUCAUCCCUAGUGGCUCAGAAGGUCGUGUCCGUGCCCAUUGCGCCGGGCCAGCAGGUCCUUGGCAUAGGUAACUAUGUUGUCAGAGUCAAGCUUGGGACCCCUGGCCAGACAAUGUACAUGGUCCUGGACAACAGCUACGAUGCCACGUGGGCCCCGUGCGCCGGCUGCACGGGAUGCUCCUCCACCAUGUUCUCCCCGAAUUCCUCCACGUCAUACAGCUCACUCGACUGUUCCUUGCCCCAGUGCACCCAGGUCCAGGGGCUCCAAUGCCCCGCUACAGGAGCCGGAGCGUGCUUCUUCAAUCGGUCAUACGGUGGAGAUUCCUCCUUGGCUGCCACCCUAGUCAAAGACUCCCUUACCUUGGGCAAAGACGCGGUCUCCAACUAUGCCUUUGGGUGCAUAACUGCUAUCUCCGGCCGGUCCAUCCCGCCAGAGGGCUUGUUGGGCUUGGGUCGUGGCCCGAUGUCGUUAUUGUCUCAGACUGGCUCGCUCUACUCAGGUGUUUUCUCGUACUGCCUGCCCAGCUUCCGGUCCUACUACUUCUCGGGCUCACUCAAGCUCGGUCCAGCAAGCCAGCCUAAGAGGAUCCAGACCACCCCACUCUUGAAGAACCCGCACCGCCCUUCCCUCUACUAUGUCAACCUGACCGGCAUAAGCGUGGGUCGGGUCCUCGUUCCCAUUGACCCGAAAUUCCUAGCCUUCAACCCCACUACUGGUGCCGGGACCAUCAUCGACUCCGGCACGGUGAUCACCCGGUUCGUCCAGCCAAUCUACACAGCGGUGCGUGAUGAGUUCCGGAAGCAGGUCCAGGGCCCAUUCUCAAGCCUUGGGGCCUUCGACACAUGCUUCACGGCCACGAAUGAGGCUGCGGCCCCAAUCAUAGCAUUCCACUUCCAAGGCCUCGACCUGAAGCUGCCCCUUGAGAACAGCCUGAUACACAGCAGCGCAGGGUCGCUGGCCUGCCUGGCGAUGGCAGCGGCACCGAACAACGUGAACUCAGUGCUGAAUGUGAUCGCCAAUCUGCAGCAGCAGAACCUCAGGGUAAUGUUCGACACUGCCAAUUCCCAGAUAGGCAUUGCCAGGGAGCUCUGCAACUGACGAUGUCCGAACUUUAUUUGGUCUUUGAAUUGAUUAAUGUUGUUAUGAUAUCGUAUAGCUUCCUAUCUCUCUUCGAUGAUCUUUCUCUGAAUCAAUCAAGGCCUUGUUGUCAGAUUGAGAAUAAAGAAUGGUUGCGGCCAUGGAAAAUUUUUGCUCGAAAAAGGAGUUGUUCUGUUCUGUAACUCCUAUGGAUGUUUCCAAGCAUAAUGCAGACAAGGAAUUCUGUUUUUGUCAA